AUGAGCACAACAAGUGAACCAAAGAAGUCAUUUCAUCGUAAGAAAGGAUGGAAACGACUUGAAAGGAAAGAGCCAAAAGUCAUUGAAAAUACAAAAACUGCUAUUUUUAUAAAAGGAAGGAAUACAAGUAAAAUUUUAACAGAUGUGUGUGAAGACCUUGCGUUAUAUAAAAAACCACAUGUUAUCAAGUUUAAUCAUAAACAUGAAAUUCUUCCAUUUGAAGAUGAAAGACCAUUAGAAGUUUAUAGUACUGGAAGAGAUGCAUCACUUCUUGUUAUUAUGUCACAUAAUAAGAAAAGACCUAAUUGUCUUACAUUUGUUCGUAUGUUUGAUGGACAUGUAUUAGAUAUGGAGGAAAUGCUAGUUAAAGAAUAUAAACCAAUUCAUGAAUUUGAAGGAGUUAAACCUCCUUCAGCUACACGAUUAAUGUAUAGUUUUAAUGGAUCAGAAUUUGAAACAAAUGAAGAAUUUAAAAUGUUUAAGAAUAUGAUAAUUGAUUUUUAUCACAAUGAUGUUAAUGAGAAGUUAGUUGUCGAUGAAUUAACUGCAAUGAUGGUUUUUACUGUUGUGGAAGGAAAAAUUUAUAUGACUGUUUAUUAUAUUAAAGCUACAUCAACUUCUAUUGAAAGCCAUGAAGUUGGACCUCGUAUUGUCAUGGUACCUGGUAGAAACAAAUUUGGAGCUGAAGAUAUGAGAGAAGAAGCAAUGAAAGUUCCACAAGAACUUGUUGCACCAAAGAAAAAGAAGAAUGUUUCAAAAGAUAUGUUUGGACAAACUAUUGGAAGAGUACAUGCUAUUGGUGAGGAUUUAGAACAAUUAAAUAAGAAAAUUAAAUUACCUAAAGCUUUGAGAGAGUCAAAGAAAGAAAAAAAAUUGAGUAAGAAAUAA